GAAAAAACAUGACCGCGUGAAUCUAGUUGAGCUGUUUUCCUGCCAAAAGUCAGCUUCUUUCCUUCGCACGUGCCACCCUAGCCGAUCCCUCUCUUACACCACACCAUUUCUCCUCUUUCCCUCUCCCUCUCUCAGCCUUGUCUUGCUUUGCUUUGUUUUGCUUUGUCCAAGCUUUCUCCAAUGGCGACUACCUCACCAGUUCCUUUGUUGAAGGAUGAGCUUGACAUCGUGAUUCCAACCAUUAGGAACUUGGACUUUUUGGAGAUGUGGAGACCCUUUUUCCAGCCUUACCAUCUCAUCAUUGUUCAAGAUGGUGAUCCUUCAAAGACCAUCAAGGUUCCUGAAGGCUUUGACUAUGAGCUUUACAACAGGAACGAUAUCAACAGGAUUUUGGGUCCUAAGGCUUCCUGUAUCUCUUUCAAGGACUCUGCUUGUAGGUGCUUUGGUUACAUGGUUUCCAAGAAGAAAUACAUCUAUACCAUUGAUGAUGACUGCUUCGUUGCUAAAGAUCCAUCUGGAAAAGACAUUAAUGCAUUGGAGCAGCACAUAAAGAACCUUCUGAGUCCUUCUACUCCUUUUUUCUUCAACACUCUGUAUGAUCCAUACCGAGCUGGUGCAGAUUUUGUUCGUGGGUACCCAUUCAGUCUCCGUGGGGGUGUUCCCACUGCUGUGUCUCAUGGCCUCUGGCUCAACAUCCCAGAUUAUGAUGCACCAACUCAGCUUGUUAAGCCACUUGAGAGGAACACCAGGUAUGUUGAUGCUAUUAUGACAAUACCAAAGGGAACCCUCUUUCCCAUGUGUGGUAUGAAUCUCGCAUUCAACCGUGAAUUGAUUGGCCCUGCAAUGUACUUUGGACUCAUGGGUGAUGGCCAGCCAAUUGGACGAUACGACGAUAUGUGGGCUGGCUGGUGCACCAAGGUUAUAUGUGAUCACCUAGAUUGGGGAGUGAAGACUGGAUUGCCUUACAUUUGGCACAGCAAAGCCAGCAAUCCUUUUGUGAAUCUUAAGAAGGAAUACAAAGGAAUUUACUGGCAAGAAGAGUUGAUACCGUUCUUCCAGUCUGUUACCCUUCCCAAGGAUUGCAACACUGUUCAGAAAUGCUACCUUGAACUCUCCAAGCAGGUCAAGGCAAAACUAGGCAAGGUCGAUGAGUACUUCAACAAGCUUGCAGAUGCUAUGGUGACAUGGAUUGAAGCAUGGGAUGAACUGAACCCAUCAGGUGCAAAUUCCUCUGAGUUGCCCGAUGGUGCUUUGAAAUAAACUUAUUCAAUUAAAUAGCUACCAUUUUGUUUAGCAGAGCCCUAGGCUUGUAUCAGGAUCAUCCAUUUUGCCUAGGCUCUUGCAUUAAAGCUUAGAAUGUCUAUUUUGCAGGUUGGGUGGAGGGGGGGUUAUAUUUCAAUUGAUCAUAUUACUGAGUUUAGAACAAUAAUAAAUUGAUGGAUUAUGUAUUGAAUUAGAUUUGCGAGUCAGGUAGUAUUUAAUUAA